UCUCUCUUUGUGUCUCCCUGCUGUGGCCAGUCAUGGUGAGUUGUAUAAAUCAUGUUAAAAACCAACCCAGCAACAGCAUCACAAUCAUCAUCAUUAUCAUCAAAGAAAGCAAUACACAAGAGAAUGAGUAUGAGCAUUUCAAUACCGUCUCUCUCUCGUCUCUCCUCUAUUGGGUCGGCCAUGGCCCUGUACUCUCCUCGGAAGCAUCGCUGUUACCAUAAUCGCUCAAAGAGUUUACCCUCCAGGCUGCAGGGGCAUCCAAUUCUCACAGACAAGGUAGAAAGAUUGCAGGAGUCUUGUUCUUCUUCCUCAUGUUUCGGAACAGAUUGGCUUGGCCAAGCAUUGGAGGUGUCGGUGAAUUGUUUUUCCAAUUUGUCAAACAUCAAGAUAGACAUGGAAGGCAUGGAGAGCAAAAGGAUGAAUGGGCAUCUCGAUGACAUACUACAUCUGCUUGAGGUGUGCAAUUUGUUGAGAGACAGCAUUGCAGAAAUCAGGAAGCAGCACACGUGUGUGCAAGUAGCCAUUCGCGGCCUUGGCCCUGCUUUCACUCCCUCUGUCCAUGCCCUAGAAAGGGUACGCAUCGCCCUCGGCACUUGGCUAAGGAAGAAGAAGGACACACAUUCCCAGCUGGAUAAAUGCAUAUCCAUUUUGAGGCGAAUGGCAGAGAACCUCAACGUUGAGGAUAAAGCACGAGUAACAGAAGAUGCCAUGAACAUGAACCAUGCCAAGUCCAUCACCAUCAUGGUCUGCUCUACCCUUGUCACUGCUCUUUCCUUCAAGACAUCUCACAUGAGGUUGCCAUCUCUUCCUCUUCCUACCCAUUUCACUUGUCUGCAACACAAGCUCAAGGAGGCAUUUGAGAUGAGAAAGAGGGCAUCAUCAUCAUCAAGGUCCCUGCAUGAGUUAGAGGCAGUAGAUAUUGCACUGGGAGAUCUGAACAAUCUUCUUAAUUCCAAGUCCAAAUUGCAGCUCCCGCUUCAUCUCUCUCCCUCCACCUCGGCACUCUAUGAGUUGGAGAUUGUUCUUCCCCCCCUUGAACAUAAAAUCGACCGUCUAUUCAAGUUUCUCAUCUCUGCCAGAGUUGCACUUUUGAACAGCCUUUCUUCUCAGUGACCACCCACUUAUUCCAAAGGAAUUCUUACCGAGGCUGCCAAGUUGGCCUUUUAAACAGUUUGUGGCCUCAAAAAAGAAAUGUAAGAUAUAUGUGUAUA